GAUCUCAGUUCAUCUUCACUAUUGAUUCACCAACAACAAGAUCUCUGUAUCCAUUUCCUUCUCUUCUUCUGUUCCCACAUGGCAACUCCCUACCCAAAACCCGUCAUUCCUUCCCAGACCCGCCUUGGAUGGAUUGGCACAGGCAUCAUGGGAUCUCUCAUGGCCUCCCGUCUCCUCGCCGCCGGUUACUCCCUCACCGUCUACAAUCGCACCAUUGAAAAAGCUCUUGCUCUGCAGUCACAAGGUGCUCACGUUGUCUCCUCCCCAAUAGAAGUCGCUCGACGUUCCGAUGUCGUUUUUACUAUUGUGGGCAACUCUAGAGAUGUCAGGGAGGUGACUCUCGGACCAAACGGUGUUCUUCCAGGGUUAAAUCCUGGAGGGGUCGUCGUUGACAUGACGGCUAGUCACCCUGCUCUGGCGCGGGAGAUGUUCGCUGCAGCACGAGCAAAAGGAUGCUGGUCAGUGGAUGCGCCAGUCUCUGGGACUGAUGUCGGCGCAAGAGAAGGGAAACUGGCUAUAUUUGCUGGCGGCGAUGGUGCUGUGGUGGCGUGGUUAAAGCCAUUGUUUGAUAUCAUGGGAGAAGUCACCUACAUGGGUGAGGCUGGAUGCGGGCAGAGUUGCAAGUUGGCGAAUCAGAUCGCCGCAAGUGCAGUCCUGGUAGGAUUGAGUGAAGGGUUGGUGUUCGCGGAGCGAGCGGGGCUGUAUUUGAAUAAGUUUCUGGACGCAGUGAGGGAAGGGACCGCGGGGUCGAGGCUGAUGGAUUUGUUCGGGGAGAGGAUGAUCAGGAAAGACUACCGGCCAACAGCGUUUGCUGAGUAUGUGGUGAAAGAUUUAGGAAUGGCUUUGGACUCUCUGGAGGAGACAGACGAACAGAGGACGGUGGCAGUGCCUGGCGCGGAAUUGACGAAGCAGUUGUAUUCGGCAAUGGUAGCCAACGGAGACGCCAAGAUUGGCAUUCAUGGCGUUAAAACUGUGAUAGAAAGGAUUAAUGGAAAAUAAGCUAGGGAAAAUUUAUAGUUUUAUCAAUAUUAACCUUACAAAAAGAAAUAAGUAAAAAUAAAGAAAUUUUUUUUAAUGGUAGAAUGAAUAAUUAAAGUUAUUAUAAUCAUAACUAAGAAAAAUGGUGGUGACAUAUGCAUAGAUGUGGAGAGGGGAGAAAAGGAAACUGGUGGUGAGAAUGAAAGAGAAACAGGGAGAGGUGAGGUUGAAGAUGACUCAUGGUCCCAUUAAUUUCCAUUUUUCUUUUCUUUCUUCUCACCUCAUUCUAGAUUAUCU